GCUCCCCCAGCACAACAGCCAGCCAGUUCUCUCCUCUCCUACUCGUGUCCUCUCUUCUCCUCAUCCUCUCCAUCUUGCCCUUGCGCGUAGGAGGAGCACGCAGGGCGGGGGUGUGCCCAUGGGGAGGACGCCGUGCUGCGACAGGACGGCCGUGAAGCGGGGCCCGUGGUCGCCGGAGGAGGACGAGGCGCUGCGCAGCUACGUCCAGCGGCACGGCAGCGGUGGCAACUGGAUCUCCAUGCCCUUGAAAGCCGGGCUCAAGAGGUGCGGCAAGAGCUGCAGGCUGCGCUGGCUCAACUACCUCCGCCCGGACAUCCGCCACGGCGGCUUCACCGACGAGGAGGACGCCGUCAUCAUCUCCCUCUACAGCCAGCUCGGCAGCAAGUGGUCGCUGAUCGCCUCGCAGCUGGAGGGGAGGACGGACAACGACGUCAAGAACUACUGGAACACCAAGCUCAAGAAGCGCCUCCUCGCCGCCGCAGCCACCGCCGGCAUCGUCUCCACCCGCUCCCCGCCAUCCGUUCCGCGGCUACCGGCGCCGCCGGCCUCGACACCUUCGGCCGCGGCCACCUUCGCCACGCACGCGUCAUCGCUGUUCCCGUCGCUCGCCAUCCCCACCGUGAAGACCGAGAUGUACAACUGCGACGACUUCCUGGUGCCGGCGGCGUUCCGGGACGACCCGUUCGCCGCGGCCGGCGGGAGCGCGGACGCCGCCGCCGACGGCUCCACCUCGGCCUCCGCGGCGUCGUCGGCGUCCAACUGGUCGGCGGACAACGGUGCAGUGGGCAGUGGCGAGGGGUCGUUCCUCCUGGACUUUUGCGCGGGCUCCGGCCUCGGCGCCGCCGACGACCACCUCCAGCUCCCCGGCGACUACUACUACCCUCUCGACCCGAGCUUGUCGCUGGUAUAGCUUCAUCGGGGUUCAAAUCACAGUAGCGGAAGGAUCGGUAAGACGGUAACAUGAACAUGUUCUUGGGAUUGCUUCGAUUAUCGGACGCAUGCAACUCGCGCAUUGUCGCCAUGAGAACUUUCUGGCUGAAAAAUUCAGUUGCCAUCUGGAAAGAAAAAAUAGCCGUCGAUCGCUCAGAGUUUCAAAUGCGGUGUUCAUUUCGGUUGCUUGUGUUGCCAUGUGGCGCGUUCUAGCAAAAUUCUGGUGGGAAAAGCACGUUCUCUCGUGAUUACUAGCGUCUGUGCUUCGAAUUUUUCAUCCUCGCUUCACUUUAAAAUGUCCCCAACUUGGAAAGACAAGCUGUUGUGUGUUCGAUCAGUUCGUCAGGUUUACAAUGUCUUUGCUAUUAUAUGCCUUGAUAUAUAAUUGAAAGAUCUUGCUCUUGCUUUGCGUC